UUCAUCAGUUGGCAGUUCCGUUCCAAUUGUUGUAAAAAACUAACUAAAAUUGCAGUUUUCGGAGCAUUCAAGGGUUUUUAAUCAACAAAUCGCAUCGAGUGCUAAGCGUAGAAAGUGUAAAAGAGAUGUGCUAAGGUCAAGGCAAUCAGCGAAGGUCAACAAACGGGUAGCAAGGACACCACAAAGGUAUAACUCAUAGCCAGCGAGAACGGUAAAGGUCAGCAAAGUGUCUGCCUACGAAAGUAUGGACUUGCAGCAUAUGGAGAAUGGCCUGAAUGGCGGGGGCGGCGGUGGCGGCGGAGGAGGUGGCCUCAGUGAAAUAGAUUUCCAAAGAUUGGCCCAGAUUAUAGCCACCAGUAUCCAGAAGGUCCAGCAGAAUGUCUCCACCAUGCAGCGCAUGGUCAAUCAACUGAACACGCCCCAGGAUUCCCCGGAGCUCAAGAAGCAGCUCCACCAAAUAAUGACCUACACCAACCAGCUGGUGACCGACACAAAUAAUCAAAUCAACGAGGUGGACAAAUGCAAGGAGCGCCACCUGAAAAUCCAGCGGGAUAGACUGGUCGAUGAGUUCACGGCGGCACUGACCGCCUUCCAGGCCGUCCAGCGCAAAACGGCGGACAUAGAGAAGACUGCGCUGCGGCAGGCGCGGGGUGACAGCUACAACAUCGCCCGUCCGCCCGGCUCCUCGCGCACGGGAAGCUCCAACAGCAGCGCCAGCCAGCAGGAUAACUCCUUUUUCGAGGACAAUUUCUUCAAUCGCAAAUCAAACCAACAGCAGCAGACCCAGAUUCAGGAGCAGGCCGACUUGCAGGCGCUUGAGGAGCAGGAGCAGGUCAUCCGGGAGUUGGAGAGCAAUAUUGUGGGUGUGAACGAGAUCUACAAGAAGCUGGGCGCCCUGGUCUACGAGCAAGGACUGACGGUCGAUUCCAUCGAGUCGCAGGUGGAGCAGACAAGCAUUUUCGUCUCACAGGGCACAGACAAUCUCCGCAAGGCGAGCUCCUACAGGAACAAAGUGCGCAAGAAGAAGCUCAUCCUGGUGGGCAUCCUUAGCGCCGUGCUGUUGACCAUCAUCUUGAUACUCGUCUUUCAGUUCAAGAACUAGAGCCAUCUGGCUAAUCUGAAUCAUUCAAAACCAAACUAGUAAAUUGUUGUGAAAAGACAAGAGUUGCCGCAUGCAGGCCCCUAACCCCCGUAAUUCCCCACCCACUCCUUUGGACCUUUAGGCGCAUUUGUGGCUUUAAUCCUUAAACUAACUUCCACUAUUGGCUAGAAAUCGAGGAACUCGAUGGCGAAGAUGUGAGUGUUUCCAGGAGUAUUCACCAGCACGUGCAUAUGUUAUAUUCGCUUUAAAAUUAUCUUAUAUUUUACAUGUACUACUUUAACUAUUACGCACCCUGUAUAUUGAUUAUUGAUUAACAACUGUUGGCUGCAAAACUCUAAUUAUGUUCCGAAACUCAUUCGCCAGCGCUUUGUAUUGUAUUAAGAGUUAAGAGGUAAAGGAAGGCAUACACACAUGUACGAAAAAUGAAAUAAUAAACAUGAAAACCGA